UAUUCCCGUGAACUCAUCAGCUGCUCUCCAGUCGCUGUCUUGCUUUGCUUUGAGGUGGAAGGACAGACAGGACUAAGAGCGUUAAAAUGAUGGAAACCGAAGUUUUAAAGAUCAUCCUGGCCAGUCAAGGAGCUGUCAACACCGAUUAUUUGAUAUCUAACAUCGGCUACGGCGAUUCCACGAAUGCGAUCAUCACUAACCGAGAGAAAUUUACUUGGUGUUCUCCUUUUGGCCAGCCUAAGGUGGUGGCUCGGACCAGCCUGAAACUGUGCAGAGCCAGAGGCUGUACUGGAUCAUGUAAGGGGCUGCACCUGUGUAAAAACUUCCUCUUCCGCGGGGCAUGUCAUUUCACUCAGUCAAGGAGAGGCUGCACCUUCUCUCAUGCACUGGACUCUUUUCACAAUCAGGUGAUACUGAAGGAGCAUGACCUGGAGAGUCUGAGCAGGGCGGAGCUGUGUACACUGCUGCUGCAGAACGACAACUUGCUCCUGCCUGCUAUAUGUUAUGAUUACAACAAUGGUCCCGGAGAGUAUGGAAAAUGUGAGCGUGGUGAUGGCUGCGAGAGACUGCAUAUCUGUGAGAGGUACCUGAACAUAGACUGCAAUUGCCAGAAGACUCAUGAUUUCAACGAUCCACAGCCAUUACAAAUCCUGCGGAGUAAAGGUGUUCCAGACAGCCUUAUUCCCAGCUUGAAGUCUGCUUAUGCAAACAAAGAGGCCAUAAGGUAUGCUGACAGAAAUGGGAAUGGGAGCAACAAGGGUAACCGUGCGGCUACAAACUACCCUGGUGAGUGUAACAGUGAUGGUCACAGAGGGAGAGGAAGAGGGAGGGGGAGAGGAGGUUUCCGGGGAAAUAGAGGCAACAGAGGCAACAGGGGCAACAGGGGCAACAGCAGGAACCAGGACAGCCGUCCACUGCAGCAAAGUACCCAUUCCAGUACUGACUCCCUCGCUGACCUCGAUGCGUUAGAUCUGUACGGUGAUGGUGGAUCAACUGAAGAUGACAACGGAACAGAAUAUCUAAAUAAAACUUCAACAGCUGACAGAGGGAGAGGUGGCUUCCGCAGCACCUUGAACAGCCGGCAGGAGCUGCAACGGACCCGUUCAACAAGUGACAUCUUCGCUGCGGUGAGAGCCAAUGCAGACGGGGAUGACGGAGCGAACAGAAGACCUGUCAGAGAUAAAACUGAGAUAUGCAUGUACUUCAUCAAAGGAAACUGCAAACAUGGUGACGAGCGGUGUUACAAAGCUCAUAGCAAGAUGCCGUACAGAUGGGAGGUCAACAAGGAUGACAAAUGGACCGUCAUGCCCAGUAAUGAGGCGAUUGAGAAGGACUACUGUGACCCAAACAACGGAAACAGCAGCAGCAGCAGCCCACCUGUGCACUUCGACACGAUGACCCAAGGACAGAACAAAGUACGACGACUCUCCACCAUCAACUCUUUGCUUGAGCCGGACUUCAUCCACACCACUGAGUGGCUUUGGUACUGGGAGGACGAGUUUGGAAAGUGGAACAUAUACGCUUCAGCUAAUGGUGGACACACAGCUGCAGACAUGGACAGCCUUAAACUGGAGCAAAAGUAUCUGCUUAAUGAAAAAGAUGUGGUGGAGUUCACUGCCGGUUCACAUUCGUAUUCACUCAGUUUUGAAGACAUGAUACAAACUAACAAGCGUUAUUCCACCAAGAGGCUGGUGAAAAGACGGCCGCGGUUCAUCUCUGGGGCUGAUGUCCUAUCAAAGAGAGUGAGAAAGCCUAUUGGUCAACCAAGUUUCACUGCUGUUCCAGUCAACUGGGACAAGAGCCAGAUCCCACUAACAGGAUACAAGCGAGUCUCCCUCCUCAGAACCUCAGAUGAAUUUAAGGAGAUUGAAGCUCUUUUCUGUCAAACACUGCGAGGUUUCGAUAUCGUCAAAAUCGAGAGAAUUCAGAACAAAGCUCUUUGGGAAGUCUUUCAGUGGCAGAAAAAUCAGAUGACGAACAAUGGAAGUACUCUGAGAGAAAAGAAGCUUUUUCAUGGCACCGACUCCAAAUUUGUGGACGUCAUCAGCCACACCAACUUUGACUGGAGGAUCUGUGGAGUUAAUGGCACUGCGUAUGGCAAAGGUAGUUACUUUGCCCGGGACGCCAAAUACUCCCACAGCUACACGGGUAACUCUGAUAUCAGGUCCAUGUUUGUGGCUCGGGUUCUGGUCGGAGACUACACCAAAGGGUCCUCCGACUACGUCAGACCUCCUUCUAAGGACGGCGGGGACAUUAACUUCUAUGACAGCUGCGUAAACGACCUCAUGACCCCCUCCAUCUUUGUCGUGUUUGAGAAGCACCAGAUCUACCCCGAGUACCUGCUGCAGUACAGGACCACGCACCCGCUCGUUUCAUUGUAUGGUGCUGCGUUGACACCAGCGCCAAAACCAGUCCCUGCACCGACACCAGUCGCUGCACCGACACCAGUUUACAGACCUAGACCAGUGCCUGCACCAAGACCAGUUAUUGCACCACAACCAGUAGCGGCUCCUACACGCCAACCCACAUUGUCAUACCGACCCAGCACAGACACCUACCAGUUCAGAACAGCGUCGCCCCCAUCCCCACGAUAUUCUCAGCCUGCCUCCCCAACCCCAACGCCAAAGAAGGAUACCUGUGUCAUCGCUUAGAAACAGAUAAAAGUUAUGCAUCGUAUCUGUUUGAAGGAGCAUGAUGGAGGUAAUGCUGUGUGCUGUUGUUUGUUGCAGUAGAUGAAAUAUAGUGAUAUCGUUUUAUAAAUAUAGUAAAAAGCAAUUCAAGAAGAGUGAAGUGGCUCACAUGAGAGUGUCAGCUUCAGAAGCUAAUCUGAAGCUCUUGUUUGUUCUCACUGGCGACACCUGUGGCGAUAAGAAGUCAUUGCAGGCGGACCUUUCUUCAACGGAGAUCCAAACUGUGAGGCAAAGUUUCAGACAAAGACUAAAAUAUAUAGCGAGGAUGUGUAAGAUGAUCUGGCUAAACGAGCUACGUCUUACCUUUUGCUUCCACAUCGUUGGGUGAACAGAGUGAAGCCGGAGAUUGACUUGCUUCUUCACCUUGCAUGCGCGUACACAGAUUGCUGUGUGAGGAACGUAAAUGUUCCCGUACUUCUCUCAACACUAACGUGUGUUACUGGAGGAGACCUGUAGAGGGCACACCAGACGGCUCAGGCUGAUGUGCAGUGAGUUACAAAGCAAAGAUGUAGCACUCGGAGGAGGUCAAUGUUGUGUCAAUUCUGACUUAAGCGACAGUGGUGCCACCGUGCUUGGAUAACGGCCCAGACCUACUUCGUUUUUUAGUUUUGCAGGUUUCCGCGUCGACUUUUUAAAACGGAGUUGUUUGAUCAGUUUGUUUGUUACUGUGCGUUUGUAACAGACAUGGCACAGAUGUGGAUGUAUUUGAUUAAAAAAAUAAUAAUAAUUAAAUACAAAUGCAGCUGAAAGUCACCAGUUUACAGGCUCACCUGAUAAACUGAAACAACGUACUCGCCUGCAUUUAGUUUCGCAGGUUUAUGGAACUUAUUUGUCCUAGAUAUUGUGACAGACAUGUUUGUCUCCGUGCAGAGACAAUGACAAACCGUAGAGAUGUGGGUGCUCGCUGACUCGGCCUAUCAGCUUCUCUCCCCAGAAAACUCUGCCAUUGUUGUCCCUGCAACAUCCCUCUGCCUCUACACUGCCCCUACUGGUCAUAUGCAUACUGCAUCUUGCGACGCACAUUUUUGAGGAUGUGCACAGCAGAUGCUGAGAGCAGUUUGCAGGGCACGUGUGGCAGCCAUCAGAUGCACACAAAUGGUUAGAUGAAGCAGGUAAACUUUAGGCCUUAGAGCACUUGGGUGUCCCACAACACGCCUUCAGACCUUUGACCUUGCUUUAACGCAUUGUUCUGAGGAAAUCAACUUUGUCAGGUUAAUUUUCAAACUUCAGGACGUAGCAAUAUUACAUGAGGGCUAUUUAAGUGUGUGUACUGGUAGGUUGUUAAACCACAAAGUAACCAUAGCAGAGGUGGAUGGCCGUUGCUGGCCGGACCAUGAACCAUUUUUGGUAAAAAAAGUGAACACACAGGCUUUCACUGGUGAAACAUCAGCUCUAAAGCCAGUGUGUGAGCUCAACUGGCAUAGGAUAGUGACUAAGAUCAAUAUAAUUUACAGAAGUAAAUGAAAGAAGUCAUUAAAGCCAAGCGCAAAUAACACUCAAAUAAUGAGUUCCACAGAUGAAGCAGAAAUGGAUCUACUUUGAAUAGUGAUCUAGAAAGACAGAGCCACAUUUCAAUUUCAAUUUGUAACAAAUUAUGAACCGCUUCUGUGAAAAUCUGUAACUUAGGAGUCGAUUCAUGAAAAUGAAGAGUAGGAGGAGCUACUUCAGGUGCAAUUCAUCGAUUGUGGAGCAAGAUGGGCUCCUCGGAUCACGUACAAAAAAAACACAUAGCACUAAUCUCAUGUAUAAACAAAAGUGACAACGUCGCACGAUGACUCUAAACGGAGGAGAAACCGGCGCACAGUGUGACGAAACAAGCCCAAAAACUCUGUUUUCCCGUUUACACACAAACUCCUGAAACAGAGUUUUUAAAACAUUUUUUUUUUAAGAUUUAUUUUUGUGCUUUUUGUGCCUUUAUAGUAGAGAUAGGACAGUGGAUAGAGUCUGAAAUCAGGGAGAGAGAGAGAGAGUGGGGAGUGACAUGUGGGAAAGGAGCCACAGGUCGGAUUUGAACCUGGGCCACCCGCUAACCACUGUGCCACCUGUACCCCAGUUUCUAAAAAUCUCAAACCUUGAACAAGUUUUCCAAAAGGUGUGUUUUCAGUGACCCAAAACGCACAGAAAAAGCGAUGUUUUCAAAAAUAACCUCCAUGGGGCGCCGAUGGCUCGACUGUCGCGUGCUGAUGCUGUGGUGCUCGCCGCAGCGGCCGCAGCCCUUUGCUUGCGUGUCGUCCCCUCACUCUCUCCUUCCAUCGUUUCCUGUCUCUCUUCGGCUCUCCUAUCCAAUAAAGGCGAGAAAAAAAUACACGCCUAAGUGUGGACUAGGCCUUUGUUAUAUUACAUUUGCACUACUGCACCUCUAGGGGGAGACAAAAUCCAUGAAGGCCAUAAAAUUGACAGCUUCGAUUACAAAACAAAUAGUGAGGUUUUCUUUGUCUGUUUUAUUUCUUUUUUGUUGUCUCCCAUGCUGCCUCCCCCCUUUUUUUUUUUUUUUUUUACUAGUGUAAAGCGUCCUUUGGUUUCUUGAAAGGCGAUAUAUAAAUCAAAGCUUUUAUUAUGAUUUUUUUCCUUCCAAAUCAUUUAUCAUAACAAAACUGUGAUACUUUGGGGACUUAAUUUUCUUAACAUUACACAUUUAUUGUGACUAAAAAAAAAAGGCUGUCAUAAAAUGGUUGUUUUGUUGUCAAACUCUUGAUUUCUGUUCAUUAAAAUAAAUAAAUAAAAGUUCAUGUUGA